UCAGGGUGUGUGGGGUGGGAGGUGAGGGGCGGACAUCGGGGGGUAUGGGAUGGGAGCGCUCAAUCCGCCCGAGGCGGCUGUGGCGGCGUACGCCAUUGACUACAUCAAGGUCCGCUCCCUGGGCAUCCCCGCCGCGCUGUUGGGCUUUGUGGCCACGGGCGUGUUCCGCGGCUUCAAGGACACCCGGACGCCGCUGUUUGGGGCGGUGGCGUCGGGGCUGGCCAGCCUGGGGCUCAACGUGCUGUUCCUGUACGUGCUCAACAUGGGAGUGGUGGGCAGCGCCUUCGCCACCAUGGCAGCGCAGCUCAUAUCGUGUGGGCUGCUGAUGGCGGCGCUGCUGGCGGGAGGCAAGGUGCGGCCGGGGCACCUGACCCGGCCUCCGCCGCUUAGCUCGGUGCUGCCCACGCUCAAGCUGGGGGCGGUGCUGGGGGCGCGCAACGUCAUCAGCUUCGGCAUGGUCCUGUACGCCAGCACCAUGUGCAUCCGGCUGGGGUCGGCCUACCAGGCCUCCUUCGAGGUCAUCCGCCAGGUGUGGAUCCUGACCAUCCAGUUCUUCGAGUGCCUCAACGUGGCGGCCCAGGCCCUGUGCGCCAGCUACAUAGGCAACGACGACGCCGCCACCGCGCGCUCCGUGCUGGGUCGGCUGGUGGUGCUGGGCACGGGCGUGGGCGUGGGCGUGGGGCUGGGCGUGUGGGCGGCACACGGCCCUCUCAUCGCCUUCUUCACCAAGGACCCCGUGGUGGUGGCGCACGUGAUGGCCACGCUGCCGCUCAUCUGCCUGUGCUUCCCCAUCGACGCCGCCGCCUCCAUCAUGGACGGCUCCCUGCUGGCAGCCAAGCAGUCCAACUACAUGUCGGCGGUGCAGAUCGUGGGCAGUGUGGUGCAGUACGGCGUGUUAUCCUACCUUGCGGGCACCGCGGGGGCCGUGUCCACAUUCUCGGUGUGGGGGGCGCUCAAGAUUCUGUCGUUCGCGCGCCUCAUCGGCGGCGUCAGCCGAAACUACUUCUCGCCAAAGAGCGCUUACGUCAUGAAGAGCUGGGGCGCGGCAGCAGGGGCGGCAGUAGCAGGAGCAGCAGGGGCGGCAGUAGCAGGAGGGGCGCAGUUAGGCGCCUCGGAAGCAGGUCCGGCGUUGGAGCGGGAGCGCGAGUUGGCGGGUGCGUCUGUCUCCGGCUCCGGCAUCGCGAGCUCGUCUUCGUCCGCCUUUACCUCCUUUGCCAGCGGCAGUAGCAGCAUCAGCAGCGGCGGCAGCGGCAGUAGCAAUGUGGUGCCGGUGGCGCUGCAGUCGCUGGAGGAGGAUGUCAUGGUGCUGGCGGCGGCCGCGUGCUCCUCAGCCACGGACAUGCACCCAGACAUGAUCGAGAUGCACCGCCGCAGCAGCAGCGGCAGUAGCAGCAGUAGUUGCAGCCAGCCGGCAGCAGCAGUAGCGGCAGUAGCGCUAGGCAACGGCGACGGGCAUCUGAACGGCAACGGGGGCAGCAGCAGCAACGGCGCUGGUGGGAUGGGGCACGGGAGAGGCGGGGCGGAGGUGGGGCCCGAGCCGGCGGCGGCGGUAGUGGCGGGGGGCGGGCGGACUGCAGCACCACCGUCGGCACCCGCGGCGGAUGCAACAGAGCGGGCCUGAGGCUGUGGUGCGGGCGCGGGUUGGGUUAGGUGUGGGCGGGGUUGCAGGUGCGGGCUCAUGUAAAUAGCUAGGCCGUUGCUGUGUUCGGGCUGCUGUUCGUCUGUUAGUUUGCGAGUGUGCUGUAGUCGGGGCUGCGUGCGUGCCCAACGGCCGCCGCAGUUUGGUGGGAGCGCCCGGUCGCGCCUCUUUAACUGGGGCGGGAUGGGCACGAGCUAGCCUGUCCUCAAACGUAGGUUUUGUUUUGCCUUGAGUUUUGGAUUCGUGCCCAGGUGCCUGGAUGGAGUAAGGCGGUAGGUAGUUGCUGCCACCAUCCACCACCGCUACAAACAUUCAUCCCGGUAGCAAGCACGGGGCGGCAGCAUGUGUGCGCACAGCCGCCCCACAUCCGUGAAAAAGGAAACAUUGAUACGCGAGAGAGUAGAGUUACAUGAAGUGGUCUUGACGUGUGUUUAUGAGCGCUUACUUUUGUGUGCGGCCUGACAAUUUUGUGGGGCGAUGCGCUGUAGGGCCGGCAAAAGGCCGAAACCAACGGCUUCCAUGGUUUUGUGGUUUUUGUGACUUUCUCCAGGAGUGAAAGGGAGGGACAGGGGGUAGAGCAUCAUGGGGAGUGCCAACCUUAACAGUGUUAUUUGGGGCGUGGGUUUACGAGGGUGGGGGUGGGGGUCCGGGGCGGCAUAUCACUUCAUCCAUUUGCUUCCUUCCCCUUCGCACUGUUGCCGGGGGACGGGGUGUUGCGGCGAGUGUUGCAAGGAGACGUGAGAAGUGGGCGCUGGAUGUAGUAGGCCAUGGAUCAGAUGGGAUCGUACGGCAGCGGUUUAGGUACGGGGCUAGUACGGACGGUCGGUGGGGACGGUGAGGUACAAGAAACAGGGUGUUGCCGUGCCCGACAGCGACAACGCGCGCAGUGAUAAGUGUAUUGUGACUGUGUAAUGUGGUGUAUUUGCGGAGGGGGCGAGCUGCACCAACGACGCUUGGGGUUGCGUGAGAGGCAGCGGUGCUGCAGCCUGCAGGAUUGGUGCUGCAUGAAAUGCAACAUUACAGUAAGGAUGGACAGUCCGGUGAGGGACCAUCUCCGGCACCGAAGGAAAGCACCUAAUGUUUCGCAUAUGAGCCUCAGCCAAGCCAAUUAUGCCAGGAGGCCGCAAUGCACGAGCCCAGCGCACACAGAAAUGUGGCGGCUGCGCAAUCAAGCACUCACACAGAAGUUACGGUAAUGACGCAUUUGCACUGCGCAGUAAUGUGCACCGCUACAGUGCGGCAGUGGGUACCAGCCGCAAGCUAUACAGACCGGUGAGC